AUGAGAGGCUACAUAUUACUUUUAGCAGCUGUUUCUCUUACGUCUCGCGUCGUGCUAUCGAUCGAUAAUACCCCAGUUAAUGGAAAAAAUUACAAAAAAGAAAAUGAAGAUUCCCAAAAUGGUGAUGAAAUGAAUAAUAUGAUGACCACUAAUGAAGAGAGUGGAAAGAAGAACAUACUUUUUAGCGGACAAGGCAUAACCAAAUAUUUUAAAAAUAUUAUAGACGAAUUUAGCACUGAUUCAAAUGAUGAACAUAAGGAAGAAGCAAAAAUUUCAAGUUCAAACGAUUCAACAUCUAAUGGUACAAAUUCUUCCGAAACAGAGGAAUCUUCUUCGAAUCAAAAAAUUCAAGGAGAAAGUUUCGGAUCACCUUACUUGAAAUAUUCAGAUGAACUUUAUGAAGAUAUUAUGUUAAGCUUAAAUAAGAAAGAUGAUCAUAAUGGUAAGGAUUAUGAUGAUAAAUAUAAACAGUUUAAAAAAGAUUACGACAUGUUUAUUUCGUUAAGUAAAGAAGAAUAUGAAAUUAUCGAAAAGCUCGUUGAUGCAUUUUCUAUGCAUAACGAUGCAAUCGAUGAAGAUGCAGAUUCGGUAUAUGAAGCAAUUACAAAAUCCAUUACUGAUCCGAAAUUCCGACAAGAUUUUAAAGAUUUCAUGGAUGGUAUUUAUUCCUAUGCAAAGCGUAAAAAUAACAUGAGAGGUGGCAAAACAACAGAACUUAAAAUGUAUCUAAAUCUAUUCGAAAAUGUCAUUAAUUUGCUUAACAUGCUAUAG